AUGAAGGAGGACCGGGAGCUGUCCGCCGCCCUGGGUGAGGCACGCGGGUCCUGCCCAGCACCGGCCGUGAGCGAGCCCGGUGGCACAGGGGCGGCGGGAGGAGGCGGUGGCCGUGGGGUGGCUCUGGGUUCAGCACGGGACCGCCGGUGUCCCCUUCACCUCGGGGAAACGGGGGCGGGGGACGCCGGCCCGGGCCCGUGGUGCCCGGGUCCGCGGUGCCGUGUGGUGGCAGUACCGGUGCCACCGGCUCUUGUCUCGGUGCCAGGUUUCGCCGUCCCAAAACCCGACAUCCUGGCCCAGGUGGAGCGAGGGGAGGAGGCGGCGGGGCCCUACGGGGAGCACCGGAGCCCCCGGCCACACGCAGCGCCCCAUGGCUCUUCCCAGGGGGACUGGCUGGGGCAGGAGCUGAAGAGUGAGGAGGGGGCGUCCCCACUGCCCGCGUCCCCCCCGAACCACCCCACCGGCCCCGGCGACUUCCCCGUCCCGCCGCCGGAACGGGGCUGCAGCUUCUGCGGUGCCCCCGAGCCAGAGCCGGCUCCCGGUGCCGGUAACGGGGGGUUCGCGGCUCCACCGCCCAUCCGGGAGUGCGGGGAGUGCGGCCGAAGCUUCGGGCAGAAGCCGGACCUGGUGCGGCACCGGCUGGGACGCGGCGGGGACUCGGCCCACGCCUGCGGCCGCUGCGGGAAGGGCUUCACCGGCACCCGCCCCGGCCGCCCGGGCCCCUGCGCCGGCCGCUCCCCGGGGACGACGGAAGGGACGGGAGCCCCUCGGAAGGAGCGGAAGGAGCUGUCGCUGACGGAGAAGGUGCGGGUGUUGGAGAUGCUGGAAGGUCCCAAGGUGUCCCAGAGCGAGCUGGCCAAGCGCUUCGGGGUGUCCCAGCCCCAGAUCUGCCGCAUCAUCAAGAACCGGGAGCGGAUCCUCACCGAGUGGCACCGCAACGGCGACCCCGAGCGCAAACGGAAGCGGGAGGGGAAGGACGCGGCCCUGGAAGCCGCGCUGCUGCGCUUGGAGGGCGCCCGGGCCGCCCGCCUGCCCCUCAGCCCCCCCCUGCUCCACAUCAAGGCCAACACCGCCCGGGCGCUGGGCCGGCCCGACCCGGAGCCCAACGGGGGGUGGCUGGCUCGCUUCGCUCGCCACAACCUGGCCUUCAGGAAGCCACCGGCGGAGGACGGGGACGCCGAGCAGCCCACGGCCGAGCGCUGGGCCGGCGCGGUGCUGCCCGGCCUCCUCCGCAGCUACGCGGCCCCCGAGAUCUACGUCUGCGGGGAAACGGGGAUUCUCCUCCCCGCCGGCUCCCCCGGCGAAGGCGAGAGCGGCGGCGAGCGGCUCGGCCUCCUGCUCUGCGCCAACGCCGACGGCUCGGAGAAGCUGCCGCUGCGGGCGGUGGGGGAGAGCCCCCGGCCCCGCUGCCUCCAGGGGGUCAACCUGGAGCAGAUGCCCUGGAGCUACCGUGCGGACAGCUCGGCCGCCGUGACCGCCCCGGUGUUCACCGAGUGGCUGCGGGAGUUCAACGAGGCGAUGCGGCGGCAGGGGAAGAGCGCGCUGCUCCUCCGCAAGCACCGGGUCCAUCCCUCUCAGCUCUCCCACGUCAGGAUGGUCUUUGUCCCGCCAGCCGCCUCCCGGGCCGACCCCUUGGACCGCGGCAUCACCGGCGACCUCAAGGGGCACUACCGGCGCCGGUUGCUGCGGUGGCUGUCGGUGGAGCGCGGCGUGGAGCAGCCGUCCCUGCUGGAUGUCCUCCACAUGCUGGCACAGGCCUGGGGGGACGUGCGACCGGGGCUCAUCGCCGGCUGCUUCCGUGCCGCCGGCUUCUGCCCCGCCGCCGGCACCCAGGGCCCGGUACCCGGCACCCUCACCGGGGAGCAGCCGGAGCACCGGGCGGGCGAGGGGCCGGAGCGCCGAGGGGACGGGGACGUGGGGACAAGGGAGGAGGAGGAGGAGGAGGAGGAGGCCGGGGGAGGGCUGGUGGCUCGGCCCUGCCCCUCGGAGCGGGAGGUGUGGGGGAGCUUGGCCACGCUGCGGAGGUACCUGGAGUGCCGGGCCACCUCCCCCGGGCUCUUCCAGGCCUUCUGGCUGGAGGACGCGGUGCACACGGUGACAGCCAGCGCCGGGACGGGCCUCGGCGGGGACAGCCCGUCCAAGCAGUGAGGUGCCCGGAGCCUGUGGUGGGGACACACGGAGCUCCUCAACCGGACUGCCCGGGCCGCCGUGCCCCGCCGCUGGAGCUGUGCCGUGGGGUCUGCGUGGCAACGGCGGGUGUUCGGGGGGAAGCAAUCACGCUCCGGAUGUCCCCGCCCGUGGGGACGGUGCCGGGGGCUGGCGCUGGGGUCACCAGCCCGCUGCCGAGACCCGCUCCUGGGGGUGGGCUUCUGCGGCCUGCGGGAAGCCAUCGUGGAGCUGCCCCCCCUGCGUGGGGGGGGAUUUGAUUUGAUUUGCCCUGCGUGGGGUGGUUGUGUUUGCCAGGGGGUGUGUGGGGUGGUGCUGCGUGUCCCCGUGCUGGGGGGACGCGGGUUCCGCCGGCUGUUGUCACCUGGGCGUUUGCAACUGGCAUUAAAAAAGGCAAAA